GCCGCAGUCACCUUCAGCAUCGGGAACUAGGGAGAAACAAACCCCCAGGGUGGAUCUGGCCGCUAGGCUUCCUCCUGCUCCAGUUUCUGCUUGCUUUUGCCCCGGUGCAGCAGGCACAACCCCGACCGGAACAGGGGCCUCCUCAGGGCUCUGGGGGUGCGGGCACCCACUCUUCAGGCGGCUGCAGCCUCUGGCGGGGCACGCCCUCGGCGCUAUUGCCGCGCCCCUCCCGGGUACGCCCCUCCUGCCCUAGGGAGCGCGCACCCGCUGCUGGAGAGUCCUGCCUGCCUCACCUUCCCAGAGAUGAUGGAGAAGCCAAACUGGGUCUCUGUCCAUCGGGUUCCUGGCCCGAGCUGCCCACGGUAUCCAAGCCCGUGACGUGGUGACACUGGCCGAGCCUCAGAAACCGAGGUUGGGGAGAAUCCUGACGCCGAGGCCACAUCCCCAGGCCACUGAGAUCCUCAGCAUCAUGCAUGUGGGUACUGGCUGCCGGCUCCCUAGGGGAGUCAGGGCGCGACCCUAGCCUGGGUUUCAGAUCCCUACCCCGAGCUGUAGGGACUGAAGUCACCCUGUGCCAGGGGUGUCGCCCCAAGUGUAGAGCUUGGGCUGCUCUGGAACCUAGGACUCUUUUGGCUAGGGAACCUUCGGGAAGCACCCGUUGGAGGCUGUGUGGACCACCAUCCUAGAGCCACGCGAGAAGUGGGGAAAGAGCCCAGAGCCGGAGCAGCCUCAAAGAACUGACUUGUGUUCCAGUGCAGUCAGUGAGCUUGCAAAUUCUAAAUAAUGGAGGCCAGUCAGGAAGCUUCUCUCUUUUUGGUGAAGAUCUUAGAAGAACUGGACAGUAAGCAAAAUGCUGUUUCCUAUCAAGACCUGUGCAAGUCACUAUGUGCCCAGUUUGAUCUGUCUCAGCUUGCCAAACUGAGAAGUGUGCUUUUCUACACAGCAUGUUUAGACCCCAACUUUCCAGCCACGUUAUUCAAAGACAAGAUGAAGUGCUCUGCAAAUAAUCAGCAGUCGAAGAAGAUCAUGGUGGCGGCAGAUAUCGUGACGAUCUUCAACCUGAUCCAAAUGAAUGGGGGCACUGCCAAGGAGAAGCUGCCCACAAGUUGCCCCAAGGUGCGCAAGAAGGAGGCAUCUUUUGAAUCUUGCAGGUCGGACACUGAGGUGUGCAGCCCGACAGUCUGUGAGCCUCUGAACUGUGAGCUAGGCGAGAGGCCCUUCAGUCGAGGCUACCCCACCAGGCAAUCAUCCAAAUGCCGGAAGAGGGAUUGCAAGGAAUGCCCACAGUUUGUCCCUGCCUCUGAGCCCAACUUCUUGUUGGGUGUCAGCAAAGAGGUGAAAAACCGCGCGGCAUCUCUGGACAGGCUGCAAGCUUUGUCCCCAUAUUCCGUGGCCAGCCCUCAGCCCUGUGAGAUGCAGAGGACCUAUUUCCCCAUGAAUAUCGAGAAUGAGUCCAUUUCAGAUCAGGACUCGCUGUCCAUCAGCCAAGGCAUCAAGGAGCCCUUCAUCCCCAGCGAGGAACCAUUUGUGGUUCAGUCCUGUGUUCAGAAAAGGAACAUCUUCAAAGAAGAGUUCCACAAUCUCAUGACUGUAUCCCCUAGUUUGGUUGGUCCCACUAACAAAGCAGAGGGGGAUCAUGGGGAGACGCAGACUCAGAAGGAAUUGCACAAGACACCCUUCUUUAACCACAGCUUUGAGAUGCCUUACCACAAUCAGUACCUGAAUCCAGUGUAUUCUCCGAUCCCUGACAAAAGGCGGGCAAAGCACGAAAGCCUAGAUGACCUCCAAGCCUCUACCUAUUUUGGACCCACUCCAGUGAUGGGAACACAAGAUGCUAGGCGCUGUCCAGGAAGGUCCAGUAAACAGACUCCAUGGCCUGCCAAAAGUUGGAGUCUGAACACGGAGGAAGUGCCUGACUUUGAACGGUCCUUUUUCAAUGGAAAUCCCUCUGAAGAGAAGCUACGCUAUCCAAAUUCUGGUAGCCAGACCCCCACUUUCUCAGGCCCAGACAGGCAUUCAACUUACCUGGUGCCAAAGGAUCAACAGAAGGUUCUCCCUGCUGGCUAUGCAGUGAAACCAAAUGGACUCAAAUCUAAAGAGAUCUCCUCCCCUGUUGACCUGGAGAAGCAUGAAGUAGUCAAAAAGUUUAAAGAGAAAAGCAUCAGUUGCACCAGUAGGCAGCACAGCUCUGACACCAGUAGCGUGGGCACCCAGACAGAGCAGCAUGUGCUGGAUCCCCCAAAGUGUAAGGACUUGUGUACUUUGGGUCAGUUCAAGUACAGUGACAAGCAUGCCACGAAGCAAUCGGAUGAUGACUCAGAAAUAGUCAGCGACGACAUCAGUGAUAUUUUCCGGUUUCUUGAUGACAUGAGCAUCAGCGGCUCCACGGGAGUGAUACAGUCAUCCUGCUACAACAGCACUGGCUCCUUGUCUCAGCUUCCGAAGUCAGACUGUGACAGCUCUCCAGAGCAUAACCUUGCCAAGAUCACCAAUGGUGUCUCGGGCAGCAAGGGAGACAAGUGCAACCGGCCUGAAAACGUCCACCGUUCUGAAGAAGAGCUGAAGACCAGUGUGUGCAAACUGGUUCUCAGGAUGGGUGAGAUCGAGCGGAAGCUGGAAUCACUGUCAGGGGUCCGUGAGGAAAUCUCCCAGGUCCUUGGAAAACUCAAUCAACUGGAUCAGAAAAUGCAGCAGCCGGAGAAAGUGAAUGUACAGAUUGAUCUGAACUCCUUGACCAGUGAGGCCCCUUCUGAUGACAGUGUCUCUCCAAGGGUCUUCCGUGCACACAGUGGCUCCCAUGGGCCCAAGUUAGAGAAUAGUCCUGACUGGUGCUGCUCCGACGCCAGUGGAAGCAAUAGUGAGAGCCUGCGUGUCAAGGCCUUAAAGAAAAGUCUCUUUACCAGGCCAUCGUCCAGGUCCCUGACCGAAGAGAACAGUGCCACAGAGUCCAAAAUUGCCAGCAUCUCCAACUCUCCCAGAGACUGGCGAACCAUCACUUAUACCAACCGCGUGAGCCUCAAUGAAGAUGAGAUAAAAGAUGCAGGCUCAGGUGAUAAUAAAGACUGGCAUCGGAAAUCCAAGGAGGCAGACAGGCAGUAUGAUAUUCCCCCACAGCACCGACUGCCCAAGCAGCCCAAAGAAGGCUUCCUGGUGGAGCAAGUUUUCAGUCCACAUCCUUACCCUGCCUCCCUCAAGGCCCACAUGAGGAGCAACCCCUUAUAUACAGACAUGCGACUGACUGAGUUAGCUGAGGUUAAGCGGGGCCAGCCUUCUUGGACCAUAGAGGAGUAUGCUCGGAACUCUGGUGACAAGGGCAAGCUGACAGCCCUGGACCUGCAGACUCAAGAAUCUUUAAACCCAAACAACUUAGAAUACUGGAUGGAAGAUAUUUAUACUCCAGGCUAUGAUUCAUUGCUAAAACGGAAAGAAGCUGAAUUCAGACGAGCCAAGGUCUGCAAGAUCGCUGCUCUCAUUACUGCUGCUGCAUGCACGGUCAUUCUUGUCAUUGUUGUGCCCAUCUGCACGAUGAAGUCCUGAACCUGUGGACCCAACAUUACAUGCAGCUCACAACCUUCAUUGUCUUCUUCUGGAUUUCAAAAGCUCACUUCAGUGUGGCUACAGUUUGUUGAAAUAGAGAAAACAAAUCCCAGAUGCUUUUCUACAGAGCUGACAAACAUUUUCAGAGAGUAUAUACUCUAGAAAGAAAUAUACCUAGCUGCUAAACUUAGCUGUAGUUAGACUCUGAUAUAUUUUUAAAAAUAUAAUAUCUUUUCCCAUGUAAGGAAUGCCAUGGAUUAUCAGUAUAUAAAAUUGAAUAUUUCAAGCAAAGAAAAAAAAAGAAGACUAAUUGGCUUCUUUCAGUAUGAUAAUGAUUCAUGGUGGGCAUUAAGUUAUGCAGAACAGAUCCAGUACCUGCUCUUUGGAGGAGCUGAUAGUUGCACAAUCAUGAAAAUGCCAAGGAGGGGUGGAAUCAAUUUCCUUAACACUCUAAGAUUGUUGCUGGUGAAAUAAAUGGAAUUGUGUCCACCAAGAAUGUGGCUUCUCUUCGGCUUUUAUCAAGGGCUAUUGACUGCCUUCUUGCCCUUAUGUCACUGUCACUGUAGAACAUCUGAAUCUCUGCUAUUCUUCCUAGCAGCAUUCUGAGCCUUCUUCUUGGGCCCAGGCAAGAAGGAGCUGCACUUCCACGCCAAGCAUGAUAUACAGUGUCCUCUUUUUGCAGUAUGGGCCAAGAUACUCAGAAUAGGCCACGCUCCUGUUGUCCCCAACAUGGUGUGGGGAAGCUUGCCUGUUGGGGUAUGUUCAACAUCUGAAGGUCUCAGUCACCCCAAAGGAUGUUCUGUUCUUGCUCUGGCAUGUGGUUCUGUUCCUUGAUUUUCUAACUCUUGGUGAAACCCGAUGCUCUACUAUAAAGAGUUUGGAACUUGUCCUUGUGCCUUGAAGAGCAGAGACAAUGGUGACACUUUGACAUUUUAACUCUAAACCAUUGUUUCCAUCCACCACUGGUACCAACCAUUUGCAGUGGCUUUAAAAGGAAUGCUUAUUUAAUAAUGUAAUAAAGGCACUAAGGUCUACUCAACUACAACAUCUACUCCAGAAUUUUGAAUAUUCGUCAGCAGUGCAAAAAAGCAUCUAUUUAAUCAUCUAUCUACAUGUCUAAGUAUCUGAUUUCUGUUUAUUGUCUUCACUGCUAAGUAAAUUGAGAGCAAGAUUUUUCCAAGUGUACAAGAAGCUGUUGUAAUUUUAUUAAGAGUUGAUCUCUGUUUCUACCUGACUGGUGCUUUGACAAUAAUUGGCAGAAAGACUCCUUAUCAACAUCUGUGUCUAAUGUCUUACUGCAAAUUAAAGAAAAAUGAUUGACAGAAUCUAGAAACCUUAAAUUCAUUUAAUAACAAACUGGCAUAUACAUACAUUUUAGUAGUAAGGAUAGUCACUUUGAAAAAUGUACACACUUUCUGCAAGUGGAAUUUGAGAAGCCUUUUCAUUUCUAAAGCAAUAGGAGUCCACUAUCCAUCCUAAAUAAUUCCAAAAAUGCUGAGCUUGCUGCACCAGAUCAUGUUGUCACUAGUGAAUCUUAUGAUGCUAACAGAUGACGGAUGAAUUUUCUCACUUGUAGGUAGCCUUUGUUUUUAGAGGUCUUCAUGGUAUCUGUUUCUAUUGACAUGUUAUGUUUACUAAUGGGUCUUCAAGUAGGUGACUGAAACUUAAGCCUUAGAAUGGAGGACUUGUCAUUGAAAAUGAAUACACACACACAGACACACACACACACACACACACACACACACACACACAUGCACACAUGCCCGCAUGCAUGCAUACAUGAACAUUGUCAGAAUUUUAGUCUUUUGGUGCUCUGUUUUGGUUUGGGCCCUUCAAAUAAGGUUGUUUUCUUCCCUUUAAAGAGGAUACAGUGUUACAUUCUUUGGAGUCCCUGUCGCUUCUCUUCCUUGUUAACAAUGACUGUACCACAUUCUGAAGUCACCAUUCUGCCCCACACCACAGAUGAAACUGUCAGAGAGUCAGAGAUAGCAGUUUUCAACUUCUUGAUCUGUGAUUUUAGGAACAGAAGAGAUGUACUCUACCAGAAUAAUAAAAAUGUUGUCAAACACAACUCCUCCAUUUGACAGAUGGGAUUAUGGGAACCAGAUGGCACUCCCUUGAUGAAACCGCUGAUAUAAUGAAGCCAAUGACACUUCUUCCAUUGACACUGCCCUAGGGUAAACUAAUUUCUAAUGGGCCCUACGUGGGUCAUGUGCCUAGCUACCUAGAGAGGGCAUGACUAUAAACCUAAUUCAAACAUAGAAGUCAAAGAACCCUAUAGAGCUUUCUAAUACCCUUUUCUUUCUAGGGAGGUAGCCAAAGAAAUACAAUCUUACUCAAAAUCCAGUAUAAGUCCAAUUCAAUGUUGUCACAUAAUGAAGGCAUCUAGACCCAGUAAUAACCCAGGAGCCAGAUCAUGAAGGGCAAAGUAAAGAAGGAGAUUUUCUCUGGAAAGCAGCUAUCCUCCAUCAGGUAGUACUGGGGCUGGUGUUGAAGGACCACGCUUUUGCCAUAUCUAUGAACUCAUGGAUGCCUGGAGUCUCAGAAUCCAUAAAAGAUUGUGUUUAUAGUUAGAUCUCUUUCUUGUUGACCACAAACUUGCUUGUCUUAGAUCCCAGGCCCACCCUAGCUUCCCCAAAUACUCAAUUUUCAUAAUGAAGUGAGACAGUUUACUUGACACAAAGUAUAUAUCCCUUUGUAUAAUAUGUUCCCCUCAUUUCCUUGUUGCAAUGCACUGCCCCCCUUCCCCGGUGAUGGUAACUGACUGGCCUUCUGUACUGAGUGCCAUCUUCUUUUACUCUAUAAUUCUUUACAGAAAAUACAUAUUUUGCACCCAAAUCUACAGUCACUUCAUGCUACAAAUUCACUUCAUUUUGGUUGGGUUUCUUCCUUUUUUCUUUUCUUUUUUCUUUUGCACUUAUAACACUAAUCAGAUGACUUUAUCAUUGAAAGGAUUAUUUUGCAAUCAGAUGUCUCAAUCCAUGAUGAAAUUCAGAAUCAUUUCAUCCUUUUUACUGAUCUAAAUUUGUUUUGAACACAGCCUUGCAGAAAAGCAACCACCAAUCAAAGGAAAUUUUUAGCUCUCUGCUAUCAGGAAUUUUAUUCUAGCAUUCUCUUGUUUAAACUACUGUUACAAUAAAGCCAAUCACACAUCAUCCGCCGCCAGCUAAUCAUAAAUUAUUUAUUAUUUUAGAGCAUGCAGCCAUAUGAAUAAUACCUGCAAGGCCAGCUUAAUAGAUAUGAUAAAAAUAAUCAGUGUUCUGAAUAUCUGUACUAUUGUUGCCAUUGUCUUAAUUCCUUGUGACACCUUAUUUGCUUAUAUUACUGCACAAACCCCUCUGCUAAUGGUUUAAUGGUAUGAGAAUAUAAAUGUUGGAAUUCAACAUGCUUCCUACUAUUAAUAUAACCAACCUACAAGAAUAUUGUGAUCAAUUGUGUGAAUACCAAAUCAUUAUAUACUGUAUAUUGUACUACAGAAAUUUGUAUUUUAAGGCAAAGAUUUGAGUAACUAUUGGUAUAACUGAAGAGUAUAAGAUAUUUAUUAAGUACAGUGAGAAAUAAAGUAACCUUCCUUAUUUAUGCCUUAUGAACAAUUGAGUGUGAAAUGUAAGGCAAAGUUUUAUGUGAAGACCCUAAAGGGAUGGGUUUCCUUGAAGGCAGGGAUUGUGUCUUUCUAUGUUUGUUCUGUACAGCUCUCAGCACACUCUUGGUGCUUGAUAAAUGUUAUAUAAUACCAAUAACUAAGCACAUUUUUAGAUCUUUUUUCAAAUGGCUUGUGUAAAAUUUGGUUAAUGUUGGUUUGAAGCUAUCAUGUAAAAUCUGCCUCUUCAAAUGUAAUCAGAAUAAAUGGAAAUAUGCAGUAA